AUGGGUAGAGUGCAAAAGAAAAACAGUAAAGGUCGUUUGGACCGUUACUACUACUUGGCUAAAGAAAAAGGAUAUAGGGCUCGUUCGUCUUUUAAGAUAAUACAAAUUAAUGAAAAGUAUGGUCACUUUUUGGAGAAGUCAAAGGUCGUUAUAGAUUUAUGUGCUGCUCCCGGAUCAUGGUGUCAAGUAGCAGCAAACUUGUGUCCCAUUAAUUCAUUAAUAAUUGGUGUCGAUAUUGUUCCUAUUAAGCCACUACCAAACUGUAUAACGUUUCAAUCUGAUAUCACCACUGAGGAUUGCAGAUCUAAACUUAGGGGUCAUAUGAAGACAUGGAAGGCAGAUACAGUGUUACAUGAUGGUGCUCCUAAUGUUGGAUUGGGAUGGGUACAAGAUGCAUUUACUCAAUCUCAGUUGACUUUACAGGCUUUGAAGUUAGCUGUGGAGAACUUAACGAAAGGUGGAACAUUUGUCACUAAAAUCUUUAGAUCAAGAGAUUACAAUAACUUGAUGUGGGUCUUUCAACAGCUUUUCGAUAAAGUAGAAGCCACUAAACCUCCAGCUUCGAGAAAUGUUUCAGCUGAAAUUUUCGUCGUUUGCAAAGGAUUCAAAGCUCCAAAGAAGCUAGAUCCUAGGCUAUUGGAUCCGAAAGUGGUCUUUGAAGAAGUAGAAGCAACGAAAGUCAAUAACGAGGCUAAAGUUUUCAACCCAGCUAAGAGUAGGAGACAAAGGGAAGGUUAUAAUGAAGGAGAUUAUUUAUUAUUUCAUGCAAUGCCGAUUCUUGAGUUUAUACGAAAUGAGGAUCCUAUCAAUGUGUUAGGUACUCUUAAUAAAUUAUCAGAACCCGAGGAGGACGAAAAAGAAUGGAAGAUUUUAAAGAAACUGAGACUUUUUUCUGAAGAAUUAUUAGAAUGCAUGAGAGAUUUGAAAGUACUCGGUAAGAAAGAAUUCAAGCUAAUUUUAAAAUUUAGGAAACAGGCAAGAGAGUUACUUGGAUUGGAUGACGAAAAAGACUUGUUGAAGUCGGAGGUUGAAGUUGAGCCAUUGACAGAAGAUCAGGAAAUAGACAAGGAAUUGCAAGAGCUUACAGAUAAGCAAAAGCAAAAAGCUAGAAGGCUCAAGAAGCAAUCAAACGAGAAGAAACAAAAGGAAGUAUACAGAAAUCAGAUGAAUAUGUUGACAGACAUGAAUAUUGGUCUUGAUGCUGCUCAAAUUGGUGCAGAUUCUUUGUUUAACUUGAAAACAGCAGAUAAAACAGGUCAAUUAGCUGCCUUAUCGAAGGGUAAGAAGAGAAUGAUCUUCAACGAUGAGGAAGUAGCUCAAGAUAACGAAAUUCAUAUAGGAGAUGACGAAGAAAUGGAAUCAGCUGAUGAGAUUGAUGAAUUAGAAGCACAAUUGGAUGAUAUGUAUGACUCUUAUAAACAAAAAAGAGCAGAAAAGGACGCAAAUUACAGAGCGAAGUUGGCAAGAAGUAAUGAAGAUGAAGGUACUUGGGAAGGAAUUAAAUCUGAUGAAGAACAAUCCGACGACGAGAAAUUUGAAGUGGACGAUGAAUCGGAUUCAGAUGACGAUGAAUACAUCUCGUCUUUAAUUGCGGAAAAGAAAACUGAAGACGGGUUGACAAAGAGUGCACAAGCCUUCUUUGCAUCAGAUUCAAUCUUCAAUGAAUUCGAUGACAGCUCGUUAUUAUCGGCUAUUCAAGAGAAAAAAAAUAAAGAGGAUGUCAAGACAGCUGAAAAUAAAAGUUUCAACGAAGUCAAUUCACUUAACUUCUCCGAAGACUCAAGUAGCGAUACUGACUUUGAGGUUGUCCCUGCAAUAAAAGAUCGGGAACAUCAUGAUGAUUCAGAUUUGAACGAUGACGCUACCUUCGGAAACGAAAAGAAGCUCACUGAGAAGGAAAAAGCCGAUCUUGCAACGGUAGAGGCGAUGACACUAGCUCACCAAGUUGCUCUCGGUAAGAUGAGCAAGAAGGAUUUGAUAGAAGAAGGUAUCAAUAGAUAUUCGUUUAGAGAUAAAGAAAAUUUGCCGGACUGGUUUCUUGAAGACGAGAACAGGCAUUCUAAGAUCACGAAACCCAUAACCAAAGAAGCAGCGCAUGCCAUAUUAGAGAAGCAGAAACAAUUGAACGCGCGCCCUAUCAAGAAGGUUCUUGAAGCUCAAGGUCGUAAGAAAAUGAGAGCUUUAAGGAGACUUGAGAAGCUAAAGAAGAAGUCCGAUACUAUUAAUGAAGAUUCAUCAAGAAGUGAGAGGGAUAAGGCCGAGGAAAUUCAGAAGUUAAUGAAGAAAUUGACGAAAAAGCAGAAACAAAGGCCUAAGACUACAGUUGUAGUCGCUAAGGGCGGAAACAGAGGAUUAAGUGGAAGGCCAAAGGGUGUCAAGGGUAAAUAUAAGAUGGUUGACGGUGUUCUUAAAAAUGAGCAAAGAGCCCUUAGAAGAAUAGCUAAAAAACACAGAAAGAAAUAA